AUGCAAAACCAUCAAACCAAUCCAACCUUAGGAUCAGCAGCCAACCGCAAUCCAUCACCAAUGUGGGAUUCCAAGCACCUGCACAGAACGCCAUCGACUAGCUCCCUCAGGACCAACAACUCGAGUCGGACCUCCAACAUUGAACUCAAAAAAUUGAUUUCCAGUGACUUCAAGAAACUAGGAAGAAGUAUAGUCUCUUCUUCCUCUCCACUCUCUAAGCGUCAAUCUUCAUUGUCGCACCAACAGCCAAGUCAGAUACACCAAAUCAGCAUUUCAUCAUUGGUAGACCCUGAUUGGGAUUCGACAACCCUGAAAAACGGGUGGAUAAAUAGAAUUCAUGAAGGUGGUGAAAAACGUUUAGUAAGGAUAGAAUUAAAAGGAUCCAACUUGAACAUCUAUCGAUUACCUGCAGAGCUGAAUUAUGUGAAGGACCUUAUUGUACACACGCCAGCAGAAUCACAGGUCAACACCAUGUCUGAAUCGAUUUUGAACAAAGAGUUUAAAAAUAAUGAAUCAUCAACUUCAUUGACAUCAUCGUCUUCCAAUACGUCCGAUAAAGUACAGAUUGAAUUGUCGAACGAUUCAUUCCAAGAUGAAUCAGUAGAAUUGGCCCAUCUCAUUGAGGACUACGAGCGUGGCCAAGUUGAACUGGAUGAGUUGCAGCACCAGCAAAUGCAACAUCAACAACAAAUUCGUCUUCAGGCCCAAUCAGUGCCAACUUCGCAAUUGCAAAGACUAAAGGUAGGCAAUUCCACUCAUAUAGGCUCACAACAUCAUUCAUUUAUUAUCCAUAACUUAUCAUAUGAAUCGCCAUCUUGCCCGCAUCCUAAACUUACAAUCGAUCCAAUGUCUGGUCUGAUAGUUGAGGGAAAUUUGGAGGCCAUAUGCCAUACUAUUCUUUUCCAUCCCUCAGAGUCUAUAUCAGCGAGAUUGAUUGAGGUACUGCCUCUCACUGGAAGUUUGAUUGAUCCACUUGUCUAUUUCCAGAAGUUCUUAGAUCACUUCACGAACGCGGAAGGCCUUCAUACCAAGAACAUCAAAAUAACAAAUAUGGAAAUGAAUCUCUUAUUUCAAAGAACUGAACAUUUAGUUAAUUACUUUGUCACUCACUUUAAGGGCUCUCUUUUAGAUGACCAAAUCUUUCAAAUGUUAUCCAAAUUGACGAAAGAUUUGGCGGGAAAAUCGCCCUCCCACACAUCGAUUUUCGAAUUAUCGGGAAAGAUCAAGUCUGAGAGAAUGAAGUUGCUUAACUUGAUAUCAUUUCAGUUAGAUCCGACAUCGAUGUCGUCACUUCAUGUUCAGCCUCUUCCAAUCCAUAGUUCGCAACUGAUAUCAGCAGAACAAUUCCUUCUCCUAGAUUUAGAUUCUUUGGCAAAUGAAAUUCAUUCGAUUGAUUUACAUUUCUUCAAGCGUUGGUCUUCUCAAAAUGACCGAUCCAUUUUUCUAUCAAAGAACAAUAAUCAUUCUUACAAAUACUGGAACUUUAACCCUCUAGUAUUUAAUCCUUCAUUUAACACACAUUAUUUGGGAAGGUUAUUAGCUUUCCAUUUAUUCGAGGAUCCGGUAGCGUCAAAAUCGCCAUCCAAAAGGGCGCAUAUUCUGAUGAAAUGGAUCCGUCUUGGUGGGAUACUUUGUGAACACGGUGAUAUGAUAGCUUGGUUAGGUAUUGCAUUGGUCAUUUGUUCGUUACCAGUCCUUCGGUUGGCUAGAACAUGGGGACAUGUCGAUAAAGCUGAUAUUGAGAUGAUCAGAAAAAAAUGGGCGCCAGUUGUAUUUGAAAUUAGAAAACAUGAACUCUUCACAACCAAAUCUGAUAACGAAUGCACCACUGAAAAUGUAAACAACAAAGAAACAAAUCUUAGAAUUAUGAUACCAAACAAAGUUGGUGAAGUUUAUUCAAAAAAUGAUGCGAUUCCUCAUUACGGAGAGUUACUUACUUAUAAUCUCGAAACUGAUGAGGAUUCUGAUUAUAGUAUCAAAAGUUUAUGUGCUUAUAUGGAAAUGGUAAAUUGGAACUUCAAGCAGUGGGAUUGUUACUUUGAUAAUGUUGCUGAUUUGCCUGAUGUUUUGCCACGCUUUGUCUUUUUAGAAAGUGAUGAUUCUAACGCAAUACAAAAUAUAAAGGACGCAAAAAUUCACCAACUAUUGAAAGAUGCUAUAACUUUCAACUCUUCAAAUAAACCAUGUGAUAUCAAUUCAUUCAUGGAAAAAUCAGUUGAAUGUGAACCUCCCUAUGCGGGGAGAUUUGCUAAAUUCUACAAUAUUUCAAGAAGUCCUCUAUUUUUAGGUUCUUACCCUUCCAUACUAUUUCCUCAAAUUCUCCCACAUUAUACUAUUUACGACAGAUCGGACUUGAUUGGUGCUUUGGGUAGUCUCAAUAACAACCUCGAAUCCAAAGAAUUGCGAUACAAAAAUAGAAAUAUUUUUGUGAAACAUGUUAGAGACCAGUUUGACAAAGACAGUGAAGAGUUCAGGUUAACAGACGAUUCUAUCAUUUUUAGAACUUGCGAACCUGUUGAUUCCACCACAAAGGAUCAUUCGAGACCUUCAAGUAUUUUAUUUGAAAAUCCUGGUUUGAUGAGGUCUAAACACGUUUCGACUCUUUCUACUGGUGGCUUCAGUGUGGAAGAUUACAUCAAUUCAUACCAAGCGUAUCUUAAGGAUUCCAUUGUUUCCGACUCAAGUGAUUCUACAUUGAAUAACUUUUCAGAGAGCGAUAAGGAGAAAACCAACUUGAGCAGUGGCAAAAUGGUUAAAAUCUGGACUAGUGCAGCUACUCCUGAACGUUUAGUUGAUCUGUUAGUUUUGACUGCAUCAGUUUUCGGUACACAUUUAAAACUUGAAGAUAUUGAAAACUAUUCUAAGAAAUCAGGAGUGUCAGCUGCAUUUCUAUUACAAAUGGAUGAUUAUAGUUUCACAUGCUCUUUCUUUGCCACAUAUCGUGUUUUUUUCACUACCAAAGACUUGAUCUCUGCACUGUACAAAAGGUUUAAAGGUUCUGUUAGUGCCUCAUUGUCAAUAAUGGAGGGUAUUACGGCUAAUGGUAUUCCUGUUACUAUCCCUAUAUGGGAUAAUGUGAUUGCUGAAGAUGACGAGACAUAUUCGAAAAUCAAUUGGAAAUUUGUAAUGCAGAUUCAAUUAGGUGUUAUUGAAGCUACCUCGAUUUUAGUAAGCGAUUACUUUAAACACUUUAUGGAUGAUUUGGAAACCAAGGCAACGUUUGAUCAAUUCGUUGAAAUGAUGGAUACUACCAUUAUCACAGAAUGGCCAGGAAUAAUCAAAUGGAUAAAAGAAAACAAGACUUCAGAUGUAAAUGAAAUAAUUAAUAUCUACAAAAAUUUACAAUCAUCCUACAAGCAGGUGAGGAAUACCUGUAUAAGAAAAUCUUAUACACCACUAUCUACACCUAUUGAAUUGGACUUUUCUGAUGAAUUGACUACUAUUCCUUCAGAAAUGAUGUUACCAACAUCUGCAGACAUUGAUGAAAUUUUGAAAUAUGUGAAUAGCUUGGAUAGUACGAUUAGAUCGGUUAUUGCUGAAAUCAGAGUUGAUGAUUGGGUAGAUACUUUUGAAGUGCUAGAGAUGUUAAUUUCUAGAUCUCCGCUGUCUAUGUUUAAUUAUAAAUAUCAAGAUGCUAAUACUCAUCCUAGUCUAAUAACAGUUUCAAAUAUAUACUACUGGAUAAUGACGUUGACUGAUGAUGAAAACAGUGUAAGUGAGAAGUUGAUCAAUCAAUUGCCAGCUACCGUUGGUUCUGCCUUGAAGCUCUACAAAAGAAUGGAGACCUAUCUACUGAUGCAAAUUAUUGACUCUGAUAUCAAUGUAGAUGAAAGAACAGAUAGAAUGAGAACCCUGUUGAAGAUUAUACGUAUUUCAAGGAUUCGGAUGAAGAAGGUUGUAUUAUUCGAGGAAGAUUUAGAAAACAAGCAGGAGAAGUCCCCAGAUAUUCCAAGUUUUAUUGAAUCAGUUGUGACCAACACGAUUUUAAGGCCCGAAUCCAGGUUCUUUUCUCAUGCAUGGAAAUUGGCUGCUUCAUUGAAUCUCCAGGAUGUUGAUCUUUCAGCCCUAGAUAAGAUUCUACCCGAAUUUACUGACUACGAAAUCAAGACUGUUGAAGACGAUAGUUAUUUAUCCAUUUGUCCUGGUUGGAUCUUGGGUAGGUUGGUUGAGAUCGCCUCUUUUAUUCCAAAUAUGGGAGUUGAGAACACUUCGUUGAUUAAUUUCAAUAAGAACAGGUUUAUCCAUAAUUGUGUUCUCAGGUUUAAGAAAUUACAGGGCUCAGCUGUCAAUAAACAUAAUAAAUCGCCUUAUUUAACUGAAAGCUCUUUUCUAUUCGAAUUUGUUGGGCAAAUUCCAAGUCUGAAAACAAUCUACGAAGUUUCUGUUGCUGAAAGACGGGAGGAAAAGUUAACCAGUGGAGAGAUUUUCAGUAAACACGUUGGUGAGCAGAUCCAGUUGCUAAAGCUAGAGGAAACAAAAAGAAAUCUUUUGAUCAGGCAACGUGAAUUACAACAUAGUAAGGAUUUCCGAAACUAUGAGGUUGAUUUUAACGUUGGUCAGAAUGAUGAGAGGAAUGGCAGUACAUCCGACUUGAUGACUAUUUCAACGAAAUACUCCAAUGGUGGAAACUGGAGUAUCAAAGAAAGUACUAAAUCGAUUUCAGAAUAUGAUGCAAGUACUCAUGGUGAUACUACGGCAUCAACGGUCGUGAAUACUGUUCCAGAAAUAAGACCAUCGCAACAACCAACUGCUCGUAGAAAUUCAUCAACUUCGUCUAGGCCUUCGUCCUCUUCAAGGAAGUCACAUGGUUCGUCUUCUGCAUCUGGUACAUCUAGCAAAUUCAAGUUUGGUUUCUUAAAGUCUCGUCUUACCAUGAAUAUCAGCAGUUCAAAUCAGGCAUCGAAUGAAAAGAAAAGUAUCUCUUUGAGCGCAUUACCCAAUGUGAAUGUGGUUGCUAAUGGAUCUAAGAGUAAGCCUAUGACGGUUGUUCCGUUAAAAGAUGCAUCAAUUUUCCCUACUUAUAGUACACCUAACAGUUUUACUGUUGAUUUGCAGCAAACAAAUCACGAGUAUACGUUUCAAACCUCUACUGAACAAGAGAUGAGUGAUUGGAUAUACAGACUGUCAUUUGCCAAGAAACAUUGGUUUUUCUCGAAAAACCUCAACAAGCAAUUUGGAAACAGCUACAACAGAUUGACAUUUGGUGCACCACUUGCAUUUGUUUGCGAACGGGAUAAUUCAAACAUUCCAUUAUUUGUUGACAAGAUCAUGAAUGAAAUAGAGUUAAGGGGUUUAGAAGAAGUCGGCAUAUAUCGUAAGAGUGCCUCCCUGUUGAUUGUACAAAAGAUCAAGGAUGAAGUUAACAAGAUGGGGGACUUCAAUAUGGAGAAUUCAUUGGUAUUUGAUAUUCAUAAUUUGACAGGAACCUUAAAGGCGUAUUUGCGUGAAUUGCCUGAACCGUUAAUCCCCGACGGGUUAGUCGAACAGCUAGGCGCUGUUAAGGAAACUAAAGAUGAAUUUUCCAGAUUUACUCUUUACAGGAAAGUUUUAUCCCAAUUGCCAACAUGCAACUUCAGCCUUAUUGAAAGAUUGUCGAGACACAUGAAACUCGUUGAGGAGUACAAGGAACAAAACAAGAUGACAAGCUACAAUUUGGCAACCAUCAUGGGUGGAAGUCUAGUCGAAGGCUGUCGUCCAGAGACUAUUCGGAAAUCUUUUGGUUUGAUUAAUUAUAUCUGUGAGGAUUUCAUUAUUCACUAUGAACACAUAUUCCAGUAG